CUUUGAACCAAAACGAAAUGGCUCUCAGUCUCGUCUUCACCUCACGCUCUUCACUCUUCUGCAAACCCCUCUCAUUUCCAGCCCCAAAACCCCAAUCCCUCUCCCUACUCUCUCUCUCCUCCCCAAACCCUAACCCUAACCCUAACCGCAAGCUCUCCUCCUUCCGCCCCCGCUCCUCUCUCUCCGACGGCGACCGUCCCUCCAAAAUCACCGACGAGUGGGGCGAGUCCGCCGAUCCCGCGACGGAGCCUGAGCCCACAAUCUCCGAGUCUGACCCUCCGGUGAACGAGGACGAGUGGGGAGGAGGUGAUGAGUACGUUGAAAUCGGGAAUGGAACUCCGGCGAAAGCUGAGGCUGAGAGCGCCGUGGAGGUGGAGGAGGUGGAUUCUAAGCUCACUGAGCUGAAGAGGUGCUUGGUGGAUACGCUUUAUGGGACUGAGUUGGGUUUUCGGGCCGGGUCGGAGGUGAGAGCUGAAGUGGUGGAGCUGGUUAAUCAGUUGGAGGCGGCGAAUCCCACUCCGGCGCCGACGGAGAAUCCGGGGCUGCUUGAUGGCAACUGGGUUUUACUGUAUACUGCAUCCUCAGAGCUGUUGCCACUUCUGGCAGCAGGUAGCACACCUUUUUUGAAAGUCGAUAAGAUCAACCAAUCAAUUGACACCAGCAGUCUGACAAUUUUGAACUCUAUCACAUUGUCCGGCCCAUUUGCCACUUUCUCUUUCAGUGCAUCGGCUAGCUUUGAAGUUAGAAGUCCUUCAAGAAUCCAGGUUCAAUUCAAGGAAGGUACCUUUCAGCCACCAGACAUAAAGUCAAGCAUUGAUCUCCCACAAGAAGUUGAAAUAUUUGGGCAGAGAAUCAAUUUGUCUCCUGUCCAGCAAGCUCUCAGUCCUCUGCAGGAGGUUGCUGCCAGUAUCUCAAGAACCAUCUCUGGUCAGCAAUCACUUAAGGUUCCCAUUCCAGGCGAGCGGACACAGUCCUGGCUUCUUACUACGUACCUUGAUGAAGAUUUCCGGAUCUCAAGGGGGGAUGGUGGUCUCUUUGUGCUUGCUAAAGAAGGAAGUCCUCUCCUAGAGCAGUAAUCGGAUAUAUCAAGGAUGUAUCCUACAUUGCAGACACCUAGAAUAAAACCCCCAGUAAGGAAGUGCUUCAUUAAUCUUAAGAUCCUCUACAUACAUGCUUUGAGCUUUGAAGACUUGGUGAGUACCUCUUUUUGCCGGAAAGUGCUAGACUCAUCGACUUAACACCGUCACAUGUCUUCCGAAUCAAGGUUAAGACUUAAAUCGAAACAUCUAGCA